UGGGAGGCGCUGCCGCGAGGGCAGAGCUCGAGUGUCUGUCUGUAGGAGUUGCUGUUCCAGGGAAUUCAUUACUCUCUAAUUGCUCUGAUUUUAGAUCAGCAGAGCGCGUCAGGCGGUGGAGGAGGGAGCGAUCGAGGGGGGAGGGAGGCCAACGCGAGAGGGAACGAGCCGUUCACCCCGCGGAGAAACCCGGGCGCCUUGACCUGUUCCCUGGAUGUCAGCUGAGUUACUAAGGUAACUCUGCAUGUCAGUAGACAGACCUUGCUAGAACCUCAAGGCUCCUGGAGACCCCCAUCUCUCCUUAUUUUUUUUGGUGUGUGUCCUCACUGAGCAUUCAAAACUGUUUCUCCAAAGGGUUUUGCAAAAACUCAGACUGUUUUCCAAAGCAGAAGCACUGGAGUCCCCAGCAGAAGCGAUGGGCAGUGUGCGGACCAACCGCUACAGCAUUGUGUCUUCGGAAGAAGACGGCAUGAAGCUGGCCACCAUGGCGGUUGCGAAUGGCUUUGGGAACGGGAAGAGCAAAGUGCACACCCGACAGCAGUGCCGGAGCCGCUUUGUGAAGAAGGACGGGCACUGCAACGUUCAGUUCAUCAACGUGGGCGAGAAGGGACAACGGUACCUGGCGGACAUCUUCACCACGUGCGUGGACAUCCGCUGGCGGUGGAUGCUGGUUAUCUUCUGCCUGGCCUUCGUGCUCUCGUGGCUGUUCUUCGGCUGUGUGUUUUGGCUGAUCGCUCUGCUCCACGGGGAUCUGGAUCCAACAAAGGAGAGCAAGGCGUGCGUGUCCGAGGUCAAGAGUUUCACCGCUGCCUUCCUGUUCUCCAUUGAGACCCAGACCACCAUAGGCUAUGGCUUCAGGUGCGUCACGGACGAGUGCCCGGUUGCUGUCUUCAUGGUGGUCUUCCAGUCCAUCGUGGGCUGCAUCAUCGACGCCUUCAUCAUCGGCGCGGUCAUGGCGAAGAUGGCGAAGCCGAAGAAGAGAAACGAGACUCUUGUGUUCAGUCACAACGCUGUGAUCGCCAUGCGGGACGGCAAGCUGUGUCUGAUGUGGCGAGUGGGCAACCUUCGGAAGAGCCACCUGGUGGAGGCGCACGUGCGCGCGCAGCUCCUCAAGUCCAGAAUUACGUCCGAAGGGGAGUACAUCCCCCUGGAUCAAAUCGAUAUCAACGUGGGGUUUGACAGUGGCAUUGACCGCAUAUUUCUGGUGUCCCCGAUCACGAUAGUCCACGAAAUCGACGAGGACAGCCCUUUCUAUGACUUGAGUAAGCAGGACAUCGACAACGCGGACUUCGAAAUCGUGGUGAUCCUGGAGGGCAUGGUGGAGGCCACGGCCAUGACCACGCAGUGCCGCAGCUCGUACCUGGCGAACGAGAUCCUCUGGGGCCACCGCUACGAGCCGGUCCUGUUCGAGGAGAAGCAUUACUACAAAGUGGACUACUCGCGGUUCCACAAGACCUACGAAGUGCCCAACACGCCCCUGUGCAGCGCCAGGGACUUAGCCGAGAAGAAAUACAUCCUCUCCAACGCAAAUUCAUUUUGCUACGAGAAUGAAGUUGCCCUCACGAGCAAAGAGGAAGACGACAGUGACAACGGCGUCCCCGAAAGCACCAGUACGGACACGCCCCCCGACAUGGACCUUCACAACCAGGCCAGCGUACCUCUAGAGCCCAGGCCCUUGCGGCGAGAAUCGGAGAUAUGACUGGCCUGUUCCUGCCUGGAAUAGUUCCGUUCAAACACAGCCUGUUGGUCCAAGGCCCCAAACAGCGAUUCAGACGACGGUACCGGCGAAGAGGUGGGUCAAGGCAAGUGGCCGCCAGCGACUGAGGCGAACACAACGGUUUUUCCCAGGAAGACUGUCAGCUCCGAGAUGAACAGAAAACACUCAACACGCCUUCCCGUGGCCGGAUGGCACAUACACACGUUGUAGAAUAAGUUAUGGGGUGUUUAUGUUUUGUGUUGUGUUUUCACAAGACUUGAACCUGCAGGCAAGCCUUGGUUGGGUAUUUGACUUAUCCAGAACGCUUCUGUUUAGGGAACAAGAAUGUUUUUAAUGGCAUAACAAAGGCAAGAGUCUCUGCCUUAAUCUCGAAAAGCUGCUAACUACACGGGCACAAAUUGUGCUUUUGUGGCUGUGUAGAGUUUUUCUUUCGUGUAAUUUAAAAGUCAGUAUUGAACUUCGUUGAAAGCUCAUGGUAUGUGCUUCAAAGUGGCAAGUGUUGGCUAUUAGCUGCCAAAACGAGAGCCUGCUUUUUUGAGGCCAGUAAUUUGUUUGCUAGAAUUGAUAUUCUCUCUCUCUCUCUCUCCGUCUCUCUCUCUCUUUCUCUGGUUACAUUAGGGCAUUAUGUAAUGCUAGCCAAAUGGUAGCCUCCGGGUUGUGUGUUUUGUUUUGUUUUUUUCCUUCAUGAUGUUAAUGGGUUAUCUCAAAUUUUAAGUUAGACUACCUAAAAUGAAUACCAAAGAUAAUGCACAUGUUUGCACAGUGGAGCUGACACUAAAAAGGAAGCAAAGCUCCGUAGCUGCCUUGAAAUCAAGCGACCAUGACUUUGAACCUCAGCAAGACCUUGAACCGCCCUCUAGAAAAUAGGACAUCGUCCAUACAGAGUCUAGUGAGCGUAGUGCUUUUAAAAUUUUGUUCUUUCAUGUAACUUUUGUAUUAAAAAAAAAAAAAAAGGGAAGAAGAAAGGGGAACGGAAGCUCACACACAUAUACACUACUUUUCUUUCGUGCAAGGCAGUGCUGGCCCGGCUAAUGCAUCAGGUGAGAGAUGCUGACACGUUCUCAGAUUUUUCUCGCUUUUCCUUUUUAGCACAUUCCAAAAGGUAUUCCAUAAGCUAAGACCUCGGUUGAAUUGAGUAGCCAUCCUCAAAACUGAGCCAUCCAACGUGGAAGGAAAGUGCAAUGAAACUCUUGCAGUUGAAUUCAUCUCCCGCACGCCCGGGACACGUCCAGACUGGCUUUGCCUUAGAAAAGAUGCCACACUAGGAGCCCACAGGCUGGUUCCCUCCAGUCAGUGUGUCGGGAGAGAGUCCCACCGUGUCCCAGAGGGCUUCUAGGCCCCAGUAGGGAGGUGGCGAGAUGUGGGCAAGCCCCUUGGAUGUGGUACAUCAGCCCAAGUCUUCAGGAGGGAGAGGAUGAUGGCCUUAUUUUCAUGGUAGACAGUAGGAAUGAAAAUAUCUCAGUAUUUUAGGGUCACCAAGAGCCAUACAAAGCAGAACACCAUCACAAGCAAAGGAGAUAGCAUGGUCUGAAAGGGUCAUUUUCCCUUUAUGUAGGGACACUUGUGAUUGAAUCCGAGCUGACCCUUGUCCCCUGGGGACCCCUACAGAGGGGGACUGAGAGCACAUGGUUUCCCAGAAGCCUCUCCUGCCUGGCUGCCUGACUUCCUAAACAGUUUCCCCCCUUCUCUAGCUUAAUAAUGCAACUCACUCUCUCUCUCUCUCUCUCUCUCUUUUUCCCCUCCCUGUCUAAAGUAUGCCGUAUGUGAAUUCUGGGGUUACUGACUUUUCUUUUUAAAUUGGAGUCUCGCAACCAAACCAACUCUCUUACGGUAUUAUACCCCGUAUGCCAUUAAAAAAUCGCUUGUUCCAGAAUCCUGUAUUUGGUGAACUGACGUUUGUGAUGGUCUCUGGGUCUUGAGCAGCCAGACCUGAGUGCAGGGCCGGCAGUCGGCCCCGGGACCUGCUGUCAGCCUUCAGUGACCUUGGGCUCGGAACGUGGGCUGUUUUCACGGACACGAAGACAGAGAAGUGGAUGCUGUUCGAAACCCCAAGUUAGAGGCAGGUUUGGGAAGCUGUUCAGAGCGUUGGAGGAACUGGGAUUGAGUGGACAAGACAAAUCAGCCAAAGGGACAACAGUUCGGCCGUGGACUAAGGAGAGGGUACUGAGGGCUUCCGCUGCUGCUAUUUUGAUAUUUUGCAAAAGGAAAAUAAUCAAACCAAAGAGUAUUCAGUGAUAACGUAAGUUAAAUGAAGAUACAGUGGGGAGAGGGGGUGACCUCCCAAACACACAAAAAGACUUGAGCUCUUGGAAAGA